AUGGGGGGACACCCUGCUCUGCUAGUUCUGGCCACCCUGGUGGCGGCCGCCUUUGUGUCUUUUGUCGGAGCUUUCCAAACUUCGCGAACAAGCUCCGUUAUGGGCCCUUCAAGUCUUCACGGGAUGGGAUCUUUGAGAUCCACAACUUUGGCGCCUACUAGGCAGAUGGGCUCGAGUUCCUUGGCAACUUUCGCCGCCCCACACGUUGUCAGGCAGGCCCCGUCAUCCACAGGUGUCUUCGCAAGAAGAUCGAAGAGAAUCAUCUUGGCCGAUGAAUGCAGAAACCAACUGCUAGAGGGGAUUCAGCAAGUUGCUGAUGCUGUUCGCGUAACACUCGGGCCUCGUGGCCGAAACGUGCUAUUGGAGAAGGACUACGGGCCUCCGCUGAUUGUGAACGACGGAGUCACAAUCGCACGGAACAUAGAGCUUCCUAAUAGGGCACACAAUGCAGGAGCGAAGCUUGUGCAGGAAGUUGCCUCAACAUCUGACGAAUGGGCUGGAGAUGGGACUUCUUCCACAACAAUUCUCACAGCGGAAAUAGCGAAGAAGGGUGUUGAGUACGUGAACCAAGGCCACAACCCUAUUCCUUUGCAACGCGGUAUUCAAAAAGCUGCGCGCAUCAUGAUGGAUGAAGUGAAGAAGCUUGCGAAGCCCGUCAACGGUUUCGGCGACUUGUUGAACAUCGCGACUGUUGCGACGAGCGGAAACGCCUCGAUGGGCGAAGUGAUUGCGAAGGCUUUCGACAAACUGGGCAACCACGCUGCGAUUGUGCUGGAGAACAAUCCAUCGCAAGAGGACAAUCUUGAAUUCACGGAAGGUUACACCUUCGAGAGGGGCUUUAGCUCACCGUACUUCCUGCUCGGCGAGGAGGCAGACUUCAUUGAGUGGAAGAACCCCCACGUGAUGGUCUGCGACUACAAGAUCGAGAGCGCUCAAGCCAUGUUGCCGAUUCUCGAGCACUUUGUCCGAACUAAGGAGCCGCUCGUUAUUAUUGCCGAGGACUUCUCCACGGACAUGCUUCAGACUUGCAUCAUUAACAGCAUGCGGAGGCUGCUCAAAGUGGUGACCAUCCGUGCCCCUUCGUUCGGUGAGCGGCGCAAGGACUACUUGCGUGACAUUGCAGUGGCCACAAACGCCCAACUGAUCUCGAAGGAUUUGGGGCUCCCGCUCGAAGAUGCGACUGCUGAGCACAUCGGCAGCGCUCAGGGUAUAGUUGUAAGAAAGGAUCGGACGUCCAUAUUGACAAGGCCUGAGUUCCAACAACAGAUUCAAGAUAGAGUUCAGAGACUCCAGGCAGAGAUCGACUCAGCCACGUCGAAGUUCGACAAGGAAAAAUUGGGCGAGCGUGUUGCUGCCCUUUCAGGAGGCAUUGCAAGGAUUAUGAUUGGCGCGUCCACGGAGACAGAGCAGAAAGAAAAGAAGCUGCGGUACGAAGAUGCCAUCAAUGCAGUCCGAGCUGCCAUUGAAACUGGGUACGUGCCUGGCGGCGGCGUGACGUACCUGGCGCUUAGCACUGAGCAGUUCCGGAAGACAGUCCUGGACAUGGUGGAGAAGACCGCUAGAGAGGAGAUGAAGGGAGUCGAUGAGUCAACUGGCGAGGAGUUCCAAGUUGUUGAGGAGAUGGAAAGUGAAAUCGAACUGCAAAAGGCAGGAGCCACCAUUGUGGCGGAUUCGAUGGCAUCUAUAACUAAACAAAUUGCAUCAAACGCUGGCCUUGACGGCGAUAGAGUGGUGAACGCAAUCUUAAAUGCCAAGAAGCCUUUCGGAUUUGGCUGGAAUGCAAAAACAAACAGGUUUGGUGACAUGAUCAGUCAGGGCGUCAUUGACCCGGCCAAAGUGUGCAUCUCCGCCAUCGAACACUCAACCUCAGUCGCGGGACUUGUCCUCACAACAGAGGGCAUGAUGAUUGAAGAAGAACAAGAGGCGAACAAGACUCCUCAAGAAGAAGCUGAACUGUGA